GUGGGCAACCAAAAAGUCAUUAUCCCUAUUUGUCUUUCAAAAUCAACCAAAAACAUAUCAUGCAAAUUUCAGGCCUUACCCCAUCAAUGGAACAGCAAGAGUCGACUGCGCGUCCAGUGACCGAAGCAAAUGAUUUUGGGAAAUUGGAACAUGGGUGCAAGCAUUAUCGGAGACGAUGCAAGAUUCGAGCCCCAUGCUGCGACCAGAUCUUCCCCUGCCGCCACUGCCACAACGAGGCCAUGAGCUCCCUGAGCAACCCCGAAGACUGUCAUGAACUGGUCAGGCAAGAUGUUAACCAAGUUGUAUGUUUGAUUUGCAAUACCGAGCAGCAGGUUGCUCAGGUUUGUUCAAACUGUGGUGUCAACAUGGGAGAAUACUAUUGUGACAUUUGCAAAUUCUAUGAUGAUGAUACCGAUAAGGGCCAGUUUCAUUGCGAAGAAUGUGGCAUUUGUAGAGUUGGUGGUCGUGACAAUUUCUUUCACUGUAAGAAGUGUGGAUCUUGCUAUUCAAUGAGUCUUUAUGAUAAUCACUCUUGUGUGGAGAACUCCAUGAAGAAUUUCUGCCCUGUUUGUUAUGAGUAUCUUUUUGACUCGAUUAAAGGCACCACAAUUAUGAAAUGUGGACACACAAUGCAUAUGGACUGCUUUGAUGCUAUGAGAGAACAGAAUCAGUUUCGUUGUCCCAUCUGCUCCAAGACAGUAUUUAAUAUGUCUAAUUCCUGGAGAUCGUUAGAUGAGGAGAUAGAAGCUGUUGCCAUGCCCGAGGUGUACCAGUAUGAGGUUUCAAUUCUCUGCAACGAUUGUAACAAUACAAGCAAUGUUCGCUUUCACAUUUUAGGGCACAAGUGCAGGCAUUGCAAUUCAUACAACACUCGCAGGAUUUCAGCACCAGAUGAUCAAUGUGAUAUCAGCUAGAAACGUACAAUACACAUUCUACACUUUGACUGGUCUACAUUGUUUCAGUGAAAAAUUCCCCUUGGGCAACUGCUUCUGUUGUAUGCAAGGUAUAGAAGAGAAUGUUCUGCUUUGAGAUUGACUAGUUUGUAUUGGUUCUUUCAAUCAGUUUCAAAUGAUUCCUUCAUUGUUUCAUGAGACUUGAAUGGCCUCAAAAGGCUUGCUGAGAAUAAGAGACUACACACAAUUUAGAUUUUCAAGUCUUAGAUUUGCAGGUUCUGAGACUUCACAACUCUUUGAGAUCUUGAAACCAAAAGGCUUCCUCCAAUAUAUACAAUUACUGAAAGAAAUAUUUGUCUGUGAUGUUUUUAA